ACAAAAAGAAACAUAAAUGUUUAUAUUUUUGAUGAUACAAAGUGUCCAUUGUCUAAAUUGAUGUGCUACAAUUUGAACAAUUCGGGGGAUUCACUUUGUUUGCCGCUACACAGAUACGGUGAAGGUGGACAUUAUUUAUACAAGAAUUACAUAAUUUGUUAAUUCUGACGACAAACCUAUAUAUGUGUUUGUUCUAUAUUUACACCAUAUAUACUAUGUAAAAGAGUAGAUUAAAAAUCUUGAUAGUUGAUAAAGCAGAUCUUAUGUUCAAAUCGAAAUGCGUAUUAGACUAAAGGUAUGAAAACAACGCCGAACAAUUGCGACUUGGUUUUAUGACCAUUUCCAAUGAUUCAUACUAUUUUUUACUAUUUAUAGAAUAAUUUUAUAAUAGAAUUGAAUUAUAUUCCAAUAAUAUUCUAUUUUAGAGUAAAAAAUAUAACGCUGAACAAAAAAAAACAAUUUACUUCAUAUAUAGAAUAAAUCUAUUUUUUACUCUAUUAUAAAGUGAAAAAUAAAAUACCAUUGAAAUAUUUUUACUCUAAACUCUAAUAAUACUAACAUUUUUUUAAAAUGCACUAAUAAUACUAAAACAUAUAUGGAUAUAUCAUAUAUGUAUAUAUAAAUUUUUUGUUAACAUUAACUGCAGAAUUGUAAACAUUUAAGUCAAUGAAUUGUAUAAUUGAGAAGAACAGUAAAUUCUAUAAUUUUCAGUAUUCAUCGUGCAAUACAAGAACUGAUUUAAAGUCGCACGUUAAUUUAACGCAUAUGUCAGUAGCAUGGGCUUAAAAGUCCAUGGAAUAAAAUGGCAACAACCAACUACGAUGUAUAUUCUUUAUUAUCACGACACGAGUCGUAAUUUUUUUUAAAUAUAUAACGUUUCAUACAACAGAAUUAACGUCUGUGUUUCUCCUAACAAGUAAGAAUUGGAAUUGUCGUUCAAAUUACUUAAAAAAGGAAUUUUUUUGUCAAACACAAAAGACGUAUUACUUCAUUUUCUAUAAACUUAUGGAAGUUUUUCAAAAUUUAUCCGUCAAAAUUAAACUCUGAAAUAUAAAAUUCAUUUUAUCAGAGUUUCAUCCGUGGUAGCACAUAGAACAUGCUUGACAUUUUAUACAGACUUCUAUUUUAAACAAUGGGUUACAAGAAAGCAUAUAAAAGCUUGUAUCAUUUGUUACCCAAAAAAUAAAAUAAAAACUAACUGCUAGUACUAGUUUAGUAAGUGUAUCUCACGUGCGACGAGGAAUAGUUUUGGGAGAAGGAGAAAGAGAAAAAAAAAACUCUUUUUAUAAUGUUACUUGCCUUGUUUGAAAAAAAAAAACACGAACUCAUUGCUUUUGCUACAGUAACAGCUAGUCUAAACUUUGAACUCGGUGACAGUCCAAUCAUUAUAACCCUUGUGUCUUAGCUGGCGCGUGACAGUUACUCUAUUUUCUCUUCUCCAUUUGCCCAUAAAAAUCAAAAACUCUGCUUUUAAUCGUUCACAGAGAGAGAGAGAGAGAGAGAGGUGAAGCAACAAAAGAAGAGAUAAUGGGAGAUAAUAAGAAAUUGAUUUCAUCAUCUUCUUCUUCAACUAAUACCUCGAUUUACGACACUCGUGGUAAUAAUAGUAACAAUCAUCAUCAUCAUCCUCCGUCAUCUUCCGACGAGAUUUCUCAGUUUCUCCGGCAUAUUUUCGACCGUUCUUCUCCGUUACCUUCUUACUACUCUCCGGCCAUGACCACGACGGCUUCCACGGCGGCGAUAGAGGUUCAGGGAGACCCGCAUGCAGACAACCCGAGAAGCUUCGUUUCUACUACACCGGCGUCGAAGCGCGCCGUUGAUUUCUCCGACGUUUUGAUCGGCUCCGCCGCCGCCUCCGCCGCCGCCGGGUGUUAUGGUUUCCCCGGCGGUGGUAACAACAUUGCUCAAGGGAGCAGCUCGGGGACUCGUGUUUCGUCUUCUUCCCUUGGAGCUAGCGGGAACGAGACCGACGAGUAUGACUGCGAAAGCGAGGAAGGAGUAGAAGCUGUGGUGGAUGAUGAGCUUCCCUCGAAGUCUCGUAACUCAUCUAAGAGGUGCAGAGCUGCUGAAGUUCAUAAUUUGUCUGAAAAGAGGAGAAGAAGUAGAAUCAAUGAAAAAAUGAAAGCUUUACAAAGUCUCAUCCCUAAUUCAAAUAAGACGGAUAAGGCUUCGAUGCUUGAUGAAGCCAUAGAGUAUCUGAAACAGCUUCAGCUCCAAGUUCAGAUGUUGACAAUGAGGAAUGGGCUAAACUUGCAUCCUUUAUGCUUACCUGGAACUUCAUUACACCCAUUGCAACUCUCACAGAUCCGACCUCCAGAAACAACCGGUGAUCCUCUGCUUAAUCACUCUAAUCAAUAUGCUUCUACUUCUAAUGCACCGGAAAUGAUCAACAUGCCUUCUGCAUACACGAUGGAGCCUUCCAUCCGGAGUCACUUUGGACCUUUCCCUCACUUUUCUCCACAUGUGAUGAGUCGAGAAGGCGGGUUAACUCAUCAGAGGUUGAACACUAGUCAUCCUAACGCAAACCUAACCGGAGAACAUGCUGCGUUUGAUGGACAACAUCCUGAGAUAAAAGAUCGACUUACUUGAACCUCAUUCUCAGUUUGGGGGGCUCUAUGCGUUCUUGUUUCUUAGGUCGCAAGCAACGAAGCUGCAUGACAAUGAAAAUGCAUUUAGCGUCUUUUAUAUUUUUAUAAUUCUCUAUAUCUUUGUUGUUGUUAACAUGAAUUCUAGAGACUAGUCAUUGGACCUACUAGAUAUUAUAUAAAAGAAGACUUAACUUUUAUUA